UAGUGCAGACAGGAAAGAAACAGGUGUGGCAGAAAAUGUCUGACGUCGAUGUCGAUGCAAAUGAUCCAUUUGUGUUCAAAUAUCGAGGAGUAUAUUUUCAGACUGAGUAUACUACUCCCCAAAAAAUAGAUUCUAUCCAGGACUUUAAAGUAAAAGACACUGAUGUUUUUCUGGUUACAUAUCCAAAGACUGGGACAAUCUGGACACAGCAGAUUCUCAGUCUAAUUUUCAACGAAGGUCAUCGAAAUGGAACAGAAGCCAUUGCUAAUGUCUUCAGAGUCCCAUGGAUUGAAUAUACCCAUAGCAAAGUAGACUAUGACAGUCGCCCAUCUCCUCGUCUUUUUUCAUCGCACUUGCCUCAUUAUUUAGUUCCAAAGGAUCUGAGGAACAAGAAAGGCAAAAUCAUUUACGUUGGCAGAAACCCAAAGGAUGCAGCUGUAUCAUAUUAUCACUUUUAUAAUGUAAUUGUGAGACUUAAACAAGUAAAUGACUGGGAAUCAUUCUUGGAUCGUUAUCUAACAGGGGAAGUGCUAGGGGGUUCUUGGUUUGAUCAUGUUAAAGGAUGGUACACACACCAGGAAGAUUUUAAUAUUUUAUUUGUGACAUAUGAGGAAAUGAAAAAGGACCUACGAUCCGCUGUUCUAAAAAUUUGCAAAUUUGUGGAGAAAGAACUUAAUGAGCAAGAAGUGGACACUAUUGUAGAAAAAGCAACCUUCAAAAACAUGAAACAUGACCCUCUCGCUAAUUAUACUAAUGUGUCAACAGACCAUUUAGACAUGAAGAAUGGAACUUUUCUUCGGAGAGGUACUGUUGGAGACUGGAAAAAGCUUAUGACUGUAGCACAAAAUGAGAAAUUUGAUAAGAUUUAUAGUGAAAAAAUGAAAGGCGUACCUAUCAACUUUACUUGGGAUAUCAAUGAUGGAAACUGAAGUGUUUAUCACCCUCUCAAGCAAACAAAUAAAAUGAAUUUUGAGACUU